AUGGAGUGCCCGCACCUCGGCUCCAGCGUCUGCAUCGCACCCGACUCGGCCAAGUUCCCGCAGGGCUCGCCCUCCUCCUGGUGCUGCAGCGUGUGCCGGUCAAAUAAAAGUCCGUGGGUCUGUCUGACAUGCUCAAGUGUCCAUUGUGGAAGGUAUGUGAAUGGCCAUGCAAAAAAGCAUUAUGAAGAUGCACAGAUUCCUAUGACCAAUCACAAGAAAACAGAAAAACAAGAGAAAGUUCAGCAUACUGUGUGUAUGGAUUGCAGUAGUUACAGUACAUACUGUUAUCGCUGUGAUGAUUUUGUAGUCAAUGAUACCAAGCUGGGCCUGGUGCAGAAGGUCAGAGAACACCUACAGAACUUGGAAAAUUCAGCCUUUACAUCAGACAGACAUAGGAAAAGAAAGCUAUUGGAAAACUCAUCUCUGAACAGCAAGUUACUAAAAGUAAAUGGAAGCACCACUGCCCUUUGUGCCACAGGCCUUCGGAACCUGGGGAAUACGUGUUUCAUGAAUGCAAUUCUUCAGUCGCUCAGUAACAUUCAGCAGUUCUGCUGUUACUUCAAAGAGUUGCCUGCUGUGGAGCUAAGGAAUGGGAAGACGGCAGGCAGGCGAACUUACCAUACCAGGAGCCAGGGCGAUAACAAUGUGUCAUUGGUAGAAGAAUUCAGAAAGACACUCUGUGCUUUAUGGCAAGGAAGCCAAACAGCAUUUAGUCCAGAGUCUCUAUUUUACGUUGUUUGGAAAAUCAUGCCAAAUUUUAGGGGAUACCAGCAACAGGAUGCCCACGAGUUCAUGCGUUACCUUUUGGACCAUCUACACCUGGAACUGCAGGGUGGCUUCAAUGGUGUUCCACGUUCAGUAAUUUUGCAAGAAAAUUCUAGUCUGUCUGCAAGCAACAAAUGUUGCAUAAAUGGAGCGUCUACGGUCGUCACAGCAAUUUUUGGAGGCAUUCUUCAAAAUGAAGUCAACUGCCUAAUAUGUGGGACUGAAUCGAGAAAGUUUGACCCAUUCCUAGACCUUUCGCUAGAUAUUCCAAGUCAGUUCAGAAAUAAACGUACUAAAAAUCAAGAAAUUGGACCAAUGUGCACACUACGAGAUUGUCUUCGCAGUUUUACAGACCUGGAAGAACUUGAUGAGACAGAACUGUAUAUGUGUCACAAAUGCAAAAAGAAACAGAAGUCCACCAAAAAAUUCUGGAUUCAGAAACUACCAAAGGUGCUAUGCUUACACUUGAAACGAUUUCACUGGACAGCAUAUCUGAGAAACAAGGUUGAUACCUAUGUUGAGUUUCCCUUACGAGGCCUAGACAUGAAAUGCUACUUGUUAGAGCCUGAGAACAGUGGCCCAGAAAGCUGCCUGUAUGACCUUGCGGCUGUUGUUGUGCAUCAUGGGUCAGGCGUUGGCUCUGGACAUUACACCGCAUACGCCGCUCACGAAGGCCGUUGGUUCCAUUUCAACGACAGUACUGUAACUUUGACCGACGAGGAGACUGUGGUAAAGGCCAAGGCCUACAUCCUCUUCUAUGUGGAACGGCAAGCCAAAUCUGGAUCAGAUAAACUUUAAUACCUCCUUUUAAUUCUCACUUGUAUCAAGUUCACCGGACAAAACAUUUCCAUUUUUCCAUAAAUACUUGAUCCAAGACUAUUAAUUUCAUUGUGCACUUUUCAAUUUCCUCUUGUGGGUUUUAGUUUUUGUUGUGUCAAUGGUAGCAUUUGACUUACUGAACUUGGACACAAACUAACUUUUUUUUAGUUAUACCAGAAAACCUCAGCAGAUUUUGAUUUGCUGCUUUAGUUGUGAUAACUCAAUUUUUAUAUAUAUAGUUUCAUGAAAUACUUAGUUAUUUGACUUUUUUAUAUUAAUGUUUUCAGUUCUCACUUUCUAAAGGCACAUUUACAUCAGAGAAGCUUUCUAUCCUCCUUACAAGCAAGAUAAAUGUGCUUCUGAUUAUGAAGAGCAAUACAACUUUCAUGCUGUUCUCACAGCUGUUACAUAGACAUGAUUUAGUCUCUUUCUUUAAAUCAAGGAAUUGUUUGCACGUACUAUUUUCCCUCGUGCAAGGAACUAAACAGUGACCUCUGAACAAUCAUUCUUUGCCUGCAGGAGAGAGGAGCUGUGGCAUCCUUAAAUAGGCCAGGUAAUUGCUGCUAUAUUGGUGUGUAUUCAGGCUGCUGACUUUCAGGAGUCAUUGUAAAUAAACAGUUGGUUCAAUUGUAUCUAUAGUGCAGUUUAAUUCAAAUAUUCCUCACAUACGCUCUGCCCUCCCCUCCUUCAAAUUUAAAAAAUUACCUUAAAAUGUAUACAUGUCUAAAUUGUGUUGAGAUUUUUGGGUUUUUUAACUGAACCUGAAUUGCCUUAGACAUUUCCUGUUGUAGAUUGUCAUCCUGAAAUUUGAUCAUAAACACUUACUUGCUUGAAAACUUGGCGACUUCCUGGCAGUGGGACCCCAACCCUCCUUCCUGGGGGGAAUUGGGAGUACAGCCCCAGACCUUGGGGUUUGUGAGAAACAGUCCUAGGUCUAAAUAUGGCUCCUCUCCCCUGAGUGAGUGCCUGCAGCCCACUUAAAACUGAAAGGAAGGGGACGGAACAUGCUUUGCCUGGCAAUUGUUUGACCAGUUCAAAUGCAAACUGAAGGGAGGAUGCUCAGUUUCACAGCAUAGCCUGCCAGAUGGGAGAUGAGGAGCCAAAGACUCCUUGUUGACUGGAGCAGACUCGGGUAGCUGGAGUAUCUACGCACUGGCCCAGUGUGGGAUCUUUAUUUAGUCUCUAGCCGAGCACUGGAGGCAUGAUACAAUUUCUAAAACUUGGCUGUGUAAUGGAGAAAGAAUGGAAUUUCAGCUGUACUGCCGUGCUGGAGAGUGGAAGUCAGCUGGUAAGAUUUUAAAAAGGUUUAAAAAUACUGCAAAAGCCAGGAGUCCCAAGAAAACCUGAAAUUUCCCCAAUCCUACAUUUCAGUUCUCUUCCCCCAGUCCAUCGUUUAUAGCUAGCCCCCGAGUGCCCAGCAAGGAACUGGAUGCUCCUAAAAUCUCAAAAGCGUGGCAGUAAGAGUAGAAACUAGUUCAAUACAGUAGUCUGAAAACACACAAGAGCUCAAGUAAAAUGUAAUUACCCUUUUUAGGUAAUGCUUCUGAAAGAUGUUGUAGUACACAGUAAAAAUUUCCCUAUAGAUUUGCUCAACCUGAUGCACAUGGAGUAGGUAUCAGUUUCCUUGCUGUGGGUUACCUGCCAGCUGUAUACUGACGAGUGCAGAGAAAUCACAAUUGGAUGUUUUUUAAAAAUGUCAUUCUUCAUAGCUUUUUCACAGCAUCUUAAACCAGGAAAGCGAGAAAUUGGCUUAAUAUAAAACUGCAGAAAGCAUUCAGCAUUCCUAAUGGUGUAUGACUAUGUAAACUGUACACUAGUUAAAACCUAUUGUGAUUAUUAUUUCAUACAUUAAGUGACAUACAUACAUACAUAUAUAACAAUGUCAUCUUUUACUUAAGUAAGUAGUUAAGUAAGUUGAACCAUAAAUAGACCUAUUCAUUGCUUUAAAUUGUAGAUAGUUUGCCACCUACCAUUUCUCUGUUUCUUGCAGCCAGAGCCUUUCUUCUAAUCAGAACAGGUAGCUGUUAUCCUUCAUACAGGCAGAAAAAGGUAUCUGACAGACUUCGUUGGUGUGCAGGGCAAGUGAAGUUCUCUUACCACAUUAUUACCCUGAAGGGCAGCCUUACUGCUCGCAGUUAGUUGGGGAGUUAAGUAGAUGCCAUCUAUAGCUGCAUUUUGUCUGCAUACUACGUGGAUUGGAUUGCUUUAGGAUUUUAGUUUUGAGACUACAAAGCUUAAAAUAAACAACUAGCUAUGGGCCAGAAGCAGUUUAACUUAGAGCAGUCUGGUGUAUGCAGUGUUCUUGCAAACCAGUGAUGUAAAUGUGCCUUUCUGUAUUUUUAGAAACUUAAAUUUGUAAUCUUCAGCAACAUUCACUUUUUUUAAGCAGCUUCUACUUCUCCAGUUGAUUUUUGGGGUCAGAGUUAUGUUCUUUCCUUUCAGUAACAUUUGCUCUGUAACAUUAAGGUCUUGGGCAACGGUAUCCAGCAUGGUCCAUUUGAGACACGGCCAUGGGAACACAAUGCAAUCAGGUCAGUCUUGUUCUUGCAGCAGGUGGUGAUAAGGACUCAGCCAUAUGCUUUGCUGGAACAAGUCCAUUGCAAAGCCUUUCCUAAUUUAACUUUCUCCCACUGCAAACCCACAUGGACAGUAUGAACAGUUUGUUGUGGCAACACAAGUAUUUCUCUUCCUGGUGGAGAACUUUGCUUAUCCACUGUAUUCUAUUCAGUGUGGUAUCAAAAAAAAAAAAAAAAGUAACUGAGCACUGAACCAGUAACAUAUACUGCACCUGGCCUAGUAUUACAUUUUUAACCUGACUUGUAUAUCCUAUAUUUAUCUACUAGCUUGGGGGUGGGGGGGCGGAAGGGAUAUCUCAUUUCAUUUAAGCCAAAUGUUUCUUUUCUACUUACUACUGGUCACAAUACAUGCUAACUGGCAAGAUUUUUUUUCUUGCUUGUGACUGCUCUGCAAGCAACAACUGCUCUCUACAGUUCUAAGAGACUUGCAUAUUUUUCACCAAAAUUUGUCUGAUCAAAGGUUGUCCUUUUGUUAGUAGUUGUUUAGCCGCGUAUACAACUGGAGAUGAGAUUUAUGUGAAACAGAACUGCAAAAUGUCCAGCUCUCAGAAUACUUCUGGCUUUAGUGUGUGAAGUGCAGCAUUAUGUGAAACUCAAAGGCACUUACUUAGAAAGAGAGCUCCUUCUCAGAAGGCGAUUGCCAGGUGGUAACAGAUGUCAGCCUGAGAGGAGAGUUUAAAACUUUCAGACAGACAGGGGCAGCGGACGUGUCUCAAAAGCAGGAGGCCGUUCAUAAGGAUUGUGCGAAAUCAAUGGAAAGCGUAACAUGUGGUGUUCAAAAGUUUCCCCAACAAUGUUUCAUUACUGAUGUGUCUGUGUCUUACUGAUGAGGUAAUCGGCACCUUGAAAAUUGAUUCCAAUGUGCUUUAGGCUAUCCUCAAGUACUGUAGUGCCAUAGUUGUAAUCGUUUACCAUUAAAAUCUAGUGUGUAAUUUUCA